UCCUUUUGUCCUUCUGUACACGAGAUUUUCUCUCUGCCUGGUGUUACUUAUGUGGUGGUUGUGUUUUUCUUCCUUCUCUUUCAGGUAAAAAUAGACCUCUUAUUAGUCGGAGAUGUCACCAUUGUGAACCUGGCUGACACUGUACAGAAAUUAUUUUCAAGUACAGCAGAAGUCACUGUCACCGUGAGUGAUGUGAAGAAAGUGGCAGCGUUUCUGGAUGAGUGCACAUUCAACAUGGUUUUUCUAAAGAUGACAUCUUUACCAAUUACUGAGGAGCUGGAAGCUGUGAAGUUGAUUAGAUUUGCCAAGAAGAAAAACAUACAUUUGCUGUUUGUUUUUCUAAUUCCUGAAAAUUUUGAAGAUUGUAUUUCAGGGCAUGGAGCUGAUAUUAUUUUAACUGAACCACUGACAAUGGAAAAAAUGAGUAUUCUGGUAAAUUACUGGAAAGCGUAUUUCUCAAAAACUGUUAAGAGUGAAAAUGUGAAGAGGCCAGAAGAACCUGGAUCACCCCCGCACAGGUCUUACAGUGAACAACUGGGACAUUUUUCUACUGAUCUAGUCGCUUGCUCCAACUCUCCACAUGACACUGAGCUUGAAUUAAAGUCUCCAUUGUCUGAUCUCAAGAAAAACCAGAAAAGUUCUCGUCUUCAUUCAAACAAGGAAAAGCUGAGGAGAGAACGGAUCAAAGAUUGCUGUGAGCAGCUGCGUACUCUCUUGCCAUACAGAAAGGGGAGAAAGAAUGACGUGGCUUCCAUCCUUGAGGCAACGGUUGAUUACGUGAAGGACAUCCGGGAGAAGAUCCCUCCAGCUGUUAUGGCUCAGAUUACAGAAGAGCUUCAGAACAAUAGGAGAUUUUCUAAGAAGCAACAAGAGCCCAGCCCUCCAUCCCUGACAGGCACAGUGGUGGCACACAGGUAUGAUCCAAGCUGUUGAAUGUGAAGUCAGCUCGUGACUCUCCACUGAUACUCGUUGUAGACGCAUAGACAGGCCCCAGACCCUUCCAGAAUGAAAAUGCGGAUA